GAAUUUCAGGCCAAGGCUUCCAUCUGUAUCCCCGCAACCGAGUACAGCGCAACAUGUCAGGACGAGGCAAAGGCGGUAAAGUGAAGGGAAAGGCAAAGUCCCGCUCGUCCAGGGCCGGUCUACAGUUCCCGGUCGGCAGGAUCCACCGUCUGCUCCGCAAGGGCAACUACGCCGAGCGAGUGGGUGCCGGAGCUCCGGUCUACCUGGCCGCCGUCAUGGAGUAUCUCGCCGCCGAGGUUCUCGAGUUGGCCGGUAACGCGGCCCGUGACAACAAGAAGACCAGGAUCAUUCCCCGUCACCUUCAGCUGGCCAUCAGGAAUGACGAAGAGCUGAACAAGCUCCUGUCCGGUGUCACCAUCGCCCAGGGAGGUGUACUGCCCAACAUCCAGGCCGUGCUCCUGCCCAAGAAGACCGAGAAGAAGGCCUAAGUCGCCCGCCAACGCGCGACACAAAGCCGCCCGGCUCCACAAACGGCCUUUUUAAAGGCCACCACAAUAUCACUCGUUUUCACAGUUUACGACUUUAAUAAUCCUAUUUCUCACUCUUGUCGUAUAUUUCCGACAUGUAUCUAGUAAUUACUAUAAUAAUUAUUAGUAAAACUGUCAUUAUUACCAUCACAAAUUACAUAA